AAGAGGAAAAAGGAAAAAUCCCCAUUUCAUUCCUUCCUCCCCUCCCCCCGCAUGGCCGCCUCUGCCAAUCACCUCGCCGCCGGCCUCCGGCCUCUCCCCCACAGCCGGCAACCUCGUCUCGCGCCUCCGUUCUCUCCCCUCCCCUCCCCUCGUCACAAGACGAGAGAAGAGAAGAGGAGAGGGAGAUCGAGCGACCAGGUCGGUCAGUCGGCGGCCAGAUCCGCCCAUGACCGGCCGGCGACCACAGCACGCCACGCCGUCGUCAGGGGAUUCUUCCACCCCGACGGACGUGCUCGCUCUCUCGCGCCCCACGCCACGCCACGCCACGCCACGGAUCGAGCUUCCCCUGCUCCCACCCACGCCAUGGAUCCAGCUCGCGCUCCUCCUCAAGGGCCCCCCAGAUCGACAGCGCCAAGUGCUUCUGCUCGGCCACGUUACCUGACCACACGACGCCAUGGCCAUGGAUGGACCUUCCCCUGCUGCCACGCACUCGAAGGUUGCUGCUGCUCUUUCUUUGUGAGACGACAUCCAACAUCAAUCACCAGCGACAGACUCCCUGCUGUGGCCGGCCGACCAACUAUACCUGCUACUCACUCGGACGCCUCCGUUCUUUGGUUCCAGGAGAGAUGGCCGCCGCUAUACAUUGCCGGAGGAGCACCUUCCUGCAGAGCUCAUGGGACGCACCCCUUCAAGGGGCUUGCUGCUGACCACAAGGGUCAACUUGGAGCUCCUCUCUGCCCCUGCAGGCGAUUAAUCACCUUCCCGUGGACUUGGUGCCUGCUUUGGAAUUUCCCAUGGGAGAGAGGCAAUUCUGACCAUACAUCUGCAGCAGCAGCAGCCGCGUCAAGAAGAGCAGCGGCUACCUUGCCACACACAAACCCAGCCAUAAGCUUCUCUAUGUCUCUCCCUUGUAUAGAUCUGUAGGUUCUCGUUUCUUCCCAGGGAGUAGCGUGACAGUGCUGAGCAACCCUGCCAACUUGGUGGCCAAGUUGCAGGCCAAGCCGAGGGUGGCGAAGAAGGUCAAAGGGAAGCGGUGGCGCCUUUUGUGACGAGCAAACGAAAACUCUCUGGUUCUUUAAGCGCAUCGGGAGGCGAGAAGGUGUUGGUUUUAGGGUUUUUAUCAUUUAUGCCACUAGUUGUGUCUCACUACUCAGUUUUGCCAUUAGAAAUUAUAACUACUUAAAAAUGCCAUCGAUACGUGAGAUGCUUGCUCAAAAAUGCCAUUAGAUAUGUAAAAAAUGCCAUCGCUCCGUUAGAUGUUUGCUCAAAAAUGCCAUUAGACAUUGUUAUUUUCACUUCAAACCCGUUGACCAUGUUAUAUGACAAAAAUAAGCCUAGACCCACAUGUCAGUUAUCUCUAUCUCAAAAUGAUAAG